AUGGGCAACAAGGUGAGGCAGGAGCGGGAAGAGGUGAGGAAAAAGGCUCAAGAGCCAAAGGCGGUAAAUCGGGAUGGGACGGUGAAAACAAAUUCCCAUCGAGCGAAACAAACAGAUUUACAAAGCCGUUUACAGCAUCCUCGUCUCCUCUGGCAGACUGAGCAGGCCGCCGAAGGAGUCAGAAAGGCACGAACUCGGCGCGGACAAGACAAGGUAAAGAGACUGGACCAUGGCCAGCCAAGGUGUCCACAAGGAAAUUGA